AUAUGUGGGAGUGCAAGCCGAACCAAAUCAGCCAAAAACCUGAAAAUACAAUCUUUACAAGGACUUUCAGUGUGCUAACCUUGAUUAUGAGCUUUUUAAUUGCAUUCAUGUAAAACCCCUGAUAUGGUGUUCUGAUGUAGCUGAUUAUUUAUAACUGUGGUUUACUAUCUAUCUGUGCUUUGACGUUCCUGCAUUGCCACUUUUGCCCACAUGUCACUUUGAGUCUUACACUGAAAUGUGGUCAGAAGUUGUCGUGUGAGAAACAUCCUUUUACAGAAGUAAGAACUUCCUGCUUCUUUAUCUAAAGUGAAAAAAAUGUUCAAAACACCAGGACAGACUCUACGCAGCAGCACCUAAUUCUUCCAUCUGUGAGGUAAGACACAACUUCAACCUGUGAACAGAUCUGAUCUAAUUAAUGGUGGCUAAACAGAUCAAUCAGCAUUUGAUUGUUUUAAACAACGACAAUGAGGAUGCAGCUCAGCAUGAAUGCGCCUGUUGUUCUGCUGUGGGGAAUAUUUUGUUUGUUUUCUACGGUGGCCAUGAGUGCUCCAACCACAGAAAACAACACGCACACAACCGGUGAACCCACCAAAACGACAAAGCAGCUCAGUGCAAAUGUUCGUAAUGUAACGGUAACUCAUCAAACUCACACGCCUGCAGAAGGUGGCGUUGCUGCGACAAAGGAAAUGGAAAUAGCAACCAUCACUAACAACAGCUCAGACGUCAGAUCUUCUGAUUUGGUUGUCACGAAGUCGGUAGCAGCAACUACAAGCAGCUUGGGGGGAGGUUUUUUUCAUAGCUCUGCUGCAGCGACCACAACUGAAGCAAAGUCUCCAAAGAGCACGGAAAUGUCAGAAACAGUCAAUCCAACAGAUGAUGAGCUACUUCAGCAAUCCACCACUUCUGCCAACAUAGUUACCCCUUCAGCAACUUCUGCAGCAUCUUUAGCAACAACUGUGCCUACAACUAAACCUGUCUCCACCACAAAGCCUGACGUUACAGAAACGUUUUAUCCCACGACCCCUUCUGAUAAUUCUACUUCGACGCCAGUCUCCACCCAAAACCAAAGCACUCCUUCAACUUCUGCUACAACCACAAAGGCAGAAAGCACCACCUCUGGCGUAGCACCUGUGUUUCACUCCACACAAGAGAAAUCCACCAAGAGAACUAAUCCUCCGUCUACUUCUUGGACUGUUUCUACCACAAGAAUCUACACCCACACAUCAGAGAAAGGAAUCACAAGAGGGUCCUCGACAGAGCCUCCAUCCACUGUUUUCUCCAUGAACACGACUGCCAACUCCACCUCUCCCGUGGGAAUUUUAAUACCUCUUGGACCCAAAACAUUUCCAACCCAUACAACUAAAUCAGCACCAACAAGUCCACCCAGCACUGAUUCCCAGCCCUGCUCCAGCCGCGGCGUGGUGAAGCACUGCCUCAUCGCCAUCGCCUCCCUAGCAGGGUUGGCCACCUUCUUUAUUGUCACCACCAUUACCCUCUGCACCAAGCUGUCAGCAAGGAAGUACAGGGUGAAGAGACCUCCGCAGGCCACUGAGAUGAUGUGCAUCUCCUCCUUGCUGCCUGAAAGGAACUACUCCUACACCAGGCAACGCAACCCAGUGAGCAACGGGGUGCUGGUGAUGCAUGCAGGCGGAGACAGUGAUGAGGAAGGAGGAGAUAAUCUCACGCUCAGCAGCUUUCUUCCAGACAAUGAUUAUUCGGUGUAGAUGGAUUCUUUUUUUUUUUUCAACACUUUUAAUAGACUGUAUUAAACAUGGACGUAAUCUCAGCGAUGUCAUUUCUGAAGAGGCGGUUUCAGGCCCGACGAUAGCGGUUGGCAUAUUGGAAAUGUUACCUCCAGCCAACUUUGAGUCAAUCUAGAAACAAGCAAAGACGUGGACCUUCAUUCUUCUGGCAAACACAUACAACGUGCCCACCUUUCAGUUGAAUUAGCCACGCCCCUUGUUAUGCAAAAAUGUUUGCAUCACUCUGGGCCUAAAUAUCAUUUCAGUUUUUACCAAUAAACGAAUGAGCUAGUGAGACCCAAACCGGUCCUUGAACCAGGCUGUAAAUAUGGGCUUUAAUAUGUUUUUUUUAGAGACCCACGAUGAGAACAGGGAUCAAAGAAUUUUUUUUAAACAUCCUGAGCUGGACCCUGAUGGUAUUUCACUCAGUGACAGGAGACAGGAAGGCCUUAUUCUGUCAGGGGGAUUGCUGCUCUUCAAAGACUCAGCUCAGUUUACAAGAGCUACUCUGCUAGCAUGGAGCCUUUUAUUGUAAAAACGCUGUAAUUUGAAUUUAACGUGAAUGGGUUUAUGUGUGGAGAUUACUUUUCUGUAUUGUGAUAAUUUAUUGACCUAUAAUGUCUUAUUUAAGGGUUUGCUUAGGCUUUAUUUAACAGGCUUGUAAUGGCUGUAAUUGCUUGCAACUCUAUCUAGAAGAACUUGGAAUGAGCUGAGUUUGUUUUGUUGGGUUAAAAGCAGCUGUGGAUUUCUGGAAUGUUUCCCUCAACAAACUUGCACUGCAACAUGAAUUGGGGUGUCAUUUCACUGAUAAGCAUUUCAUGAUCAGUAAUUAUUUACUCAUUUACUUGUUGAACAUGUUGUUGUUUUUUGCCAACUUUGCCAACGAUUAGAGCCAAGAUUCUUAGAAAAAGAAAAUAAUGUAAAUUGAGCUGUUACAUUAGGGGUAACCAUUGUUUUUUUUUCUGUGAUCCCUCAAGAAGAGAUUUUAAAUAAGAAAACGUUUUUGGAUAAUUCAAGCUCUUUUCACAGAUGCACUUCUGAAAACUUCUAAUGUUUUAAUUAGCCUUCACGUGUUCCUCACAGCUGGUAGUCUUCCCUGCAGAUAUCCAGGAUGGGGAACCAAACAACAAAAUUUGACAUGAAUAAAA